UUGCAGCGAGAUUUCCAUAUGCUUGGAGCUUUUUUUCUUCUUUUGGUUUUCUUAGGCCAAAAAAUGCCAAUCGUCUGGAACUCUUUAGUUUUUUCGAUCCAAACAGGGCCUCAAUUUCUUGCAUUAGCAGAGUUCAAAUCCUCCGCCAAACCUUCCAUUUUUCUGCAUUCAAAACCCUUCCCUAAAAGGAUCCCCUUCCAAAACCCUAGACUCCCACCAAACCGCCAGACAGCCGCCGCCAUCCCCAACCCAUCACCGUCCCCCGCCUCGACAACAGGCAUGGCGGCGAGCGAGGCCCCGAGCGACCCGCACCGCCGGGAGCCUGGCCAGCGCCGCCCCAUGUGCGCCGUCUGCACCAAGCCCCUGCGCGCCUGCCUCUGCGGCCGCCUCCGCGGCCCGCCGCUCGACACCGCCGUCGGCGUCACCGUGCUGCAGCACACCAUGGAGGUCAACCACCCGCUCAGCUCCAUCCGCGUCGCGCGCCUCGGCCUCCGCAACCUCGCCGUCACCCAGGUCACCGACGUCAACUACCGGGCCAGCUUCCGCAUCAGGACCCUCGACGCCGCCUCCAACCUAGGAGGCGGAGAAACCGAGGCUGUUUCUAGGCAAGGUGGUGCUGAAGGAUUAGAAAAUGGGAAAUUAAGCAAUGGUGUUUCCAGUGAUUCAGAUCGACAAGUUGGCCGUGACUCUAAUGGGGAUUUUGAAAGGCCAGUCUUGGCAGUAAAUCAGUUGGAAAGCUCUGCAGUGGAUGGCCCAAACACAAGUGAGACAGGCAUGCCAAAUAAGGUAAAUGGUGAUAUUCCUCAUCCUUCAGUAGAAAAUUGCUCAGUUACUAGCUUAUGCACCGAAAACACUGAAGUUGCUAGUGCUGCUAUUGGGGAAGGUUGGACCGUGGAAAACAUGGACAAGUGCUCUGUUGCAUACACAGAAAAAGAACUCAGGAUCGACAUCGAGCGCGGCGUGAAGCCCAAACUCAGAUGGUUGUCGAGAGCUCCUCUGGGUAUAGAAGCUGCCGAGAACGGUUUUACCGUCACGAAAAUACAGAAGAAGAAGUCCAAGCUUACCGGGGAAGUGACGGAGCUUGAGGACUUCUCCAUCACGAUACCGCCACACUCAGCUCUGCUGUUUCCAUGCCAGCGCGCAGUCAGCAUCGAUGCUUUGGAUUGUCAGGUAAAACAUUUGAUCGUGCUGGAUGGCACCUGGGCAAAGGCUCAACGGAUGUACCAUGAAAAUCCAUGGCUACAGCUCCUGCCACACGUCAUGCUAGAUACAGAUAGGGUUAGCCUGUAUAGUGAGGUGCGGCAUGAGCCCAAGGCUGGGUGCUUGUCCACCAUUGAAAGCAUUGUUGUCACCAUGAAGAAACUUGGAGAGGAUGAGGAGGGAUUGGAUGAUGUUCUGGGUGUUUUCGAGUCAAUGAUCGUGGAUCAGCGGCGCUUCAAGGAGGAGAAUUGGAAACCAAAAUUGAAGUAGUGUUGGCCCCUGUUGUGUUGUCAUCUUUUUUUUUUUCUUUUUACAAUUUACUGGAUGCAUUUUCAGUCCAGAUGUUCCCCAUAUCAUUAUUUCAUACCGAGCCACUAAAUUGGCUAGUAUGGUGUUUUUGUUUGCCACCACUUUCGGGGCUGUAAGGAUGGAGGCAUAUAUACUAUCAACCUUGUACUAAUUGGUAACUCAUUUUUUCACGUAA